AUGGCUUCCGUAACACCGUGGGGUCGUCUGCGAAAUCCUGCACAGCACACUUUCUGUUAUCGUUUCAACUACUGCUAUCUACGAUCUUUUAUGAUUGGGGUCUUCGAAAUAUGGAAGCGGGGACCGUUCACGGCACUUCUUGCUGCCUUGUUGCUCCUUGUUUCCCCGGGAUACUCUCGGCCUACAGAAACGACUAGUUUGGAUCCACUGCCUACACCUUCAACGAUCAUUGAUGUUCUUUCGGCCGAUAUUGAAUAUUCCUAUUUUCUUCGAAUGUUACAGAGAAAUGGUAUGGUGCCUAUCAUAAACGGUUUGGGCAACGUGACCCUUCUUGCUCCAAUAAACCUGGCUUUUGCCGAGGAUGAAGCCAACAAUUUUGACCCAAAUUCACUCUUGCGCUACAUCAUCAACCAAAGAGUUCGUGUGGGAUAUAUGGGGAAGAAAGAGAUGCUAUUUGAGACACUUUCCCAAACACCUUCAGGAAAUUAUACUAUCAGCAUAUCCCCCGACUUUGACCUGCAAGAAUAUGUUGUCGAUAAGAUUGCUGCAAUUGUAGAACCUGACGUUUACGCCAAACACCAACAGUCAUUUAUUCAAGGAAUUGACAGGCUUCUACCCGAGCGACCCUCAGCUUGUGAAAUACUCAUGGGCAAUUACCAGGUGGAUGGACAUGCUAUUACUUUUGUUCAACAACUCUUUCAGAUCUUAUUCAGUGAAGAAGAUGUGGAAGUUGCAGAGAAGAAGAAGAAAAAGAAGAAGAAGCAUCCCAAAUACCCAGUCGUACCUGAGACGUGUAGCGAGUUUUUGAACAAAACCAAAACAGUGUUCAUACCGUCAGACUCGUAUGUGAACAGCUCGCUUUCAAAGUUACAACGACGCUAUUACCUCGCUCUUUAUCAUGACUUUAUGAAUCCUGAUUUUGACACCACCAAGGAUGCAGUCAAGGAAAUGAAGCGAGAUGUCACUUCUUUGCUCAACAACCUACUAAUUCCUGAAUACAUUUUAGGUGCAAAUGGAACCGGAAAAGCUUAUAAGGCACCAUCAGGAACUAUUUAUAACACCAGCUUGGCAACUAAUAGUAGCAGGCUACUAUUGAACGACCAGGUAAUUGCGUCCACGAGUGCUGUGGCUUCCGAUAAAGUGCUCCAUAUCUUUGAUGACCAGAAGCACAAAUUCUUCGACUCCCUUAGUAUUUCUCUUGCACCUAUGAUCCCUCGAAAGGCACUUUAUGCGUUACAUCUUUCUCACUUCGUUCAGGAAUUGGAGCUACAUAACCUAGAAUCCUUGAUUAAUGGCUCAUCUUCAAACCAAACCAUUUUUAUCGACAUCGACCUGAGAGAUGACAUUUCCGACGACCUCAAAAGCUCCACCUACGGAUCCUAUUCGACUAGCGCUAAGCAAUCGCUUCAGUAUCAGUUUUUAGAAGGCGCUCAAGAAUUCAAAGGAUAUCUGAGGCGGCUUCUAGACUCCAAAUUUUGCUCUAAGAAGAAGAUGGGUUCUUGCUACAAGGUCAAAGUGGCAUCAUCCAACGUUUCAACUACCAUAAACGACGAUGUUAAUCUAACAAGAGAGCCAAUACGCUGCGUUAACGAUACUUACAUCUACUUUGCAGACGAUGACAUUGAUGCGCCAAUCAACUUCAAACAGACUUUGGGACAAAUGAUAUCCAAAACAGAUAACAAAGACGAUCUCUGGCACUUGGACGCUCUGAGUUGUUUCAAGACAAUUGAGAUACUCAAGGAAUUCAAGCUCUUGAGUCUCGCGGAAAAUGCCCAAGGGUAUACGGUUUUUUUGCCAAUAUCGAAUUCAAAGGCUGGUACCAGUACUCGUACUCACUGGGAUAGACUUGGAUUGGUUUUGCGGUAUUUGAACAAUAAUGAGAAAGAGUUCAAAAAAGUGGUCAAAAAUCUCUUUGUUGAAGGUUUGAUAUACUCGGAUUUCCAGGGUGAAAAUACCACAUUCAAAACUCUUCAAGGUGAGGAUUUGAAGAUCCAAAACAAGAACUUGAAAGCCUACAGCAACGAUAUCACAUUGAAUGAUACACAAUUGGAGCUUCCUUUGGCAGGAGACAUUCUUUUCAACCAAGGAGUGAUACAGGCUAUUGAUCAGGUUCUUCUUCCUCAAAGUCUUCAAAUCUCUACGAGAGACCUCAUCGAGGCUACUUUCGAGGCCACUCAUAAGGCACAUUAUAUUCUCGACUUCCUUGAACAGUUCCCCAAGUUGUCGUCGAUGGUUCUUGGACCCGAUCCCAACCACUCUCUUUUGAUACCAUCGCCGCUGUCGUUGAAAGAUUUCAACGUUACGGUUUCGUUUCCCGAACUUUUGGAGUUUUUGGAAAUGCACCUUAUUCCCAACUCAGAGCUUCCGAAACUUCUCUCGUGUGUGGAUGGAGGAAGUGUAUUUUCUGAUCAUACGGUAACCGCUCAAAGUGGGCUCUUGUCCACUAACCAUAGUGACGUUAUGCUAUCGUGCCGACACAGCCAAAAUUCAGAUACCACAUACUUGAAGUUUCACGAAAAAGACAACCUCCCAAUUCUGUCUUACGACAAGGACCAUGAAGUCAAAGUUGUUUCGCAUGGAUGUUCGUUAGGCGACCAAAGUGGCAAGGCUCAAACUUGUGUUUUCCUUAUUAACAAGCCGUUGAACUUGGACUGGCUCAACCACUCCAAACACGAUAACUUCUUGCACAUUCACCUAGGAUUUGUCAGUGUUGGAGUUGGCAUUAUCUUAGGGUUAAUCCUAUUUGGAGCUGUAUUUUUCUUGCUAGUUUUGUGUCUUGAAAAACCAAGAAAGGGUCCUAUGAGUCGUCCUACAAACACGUUCGAAGAAGAACAGGAAAGCAAUUUCAUGGGAGUACGAAGCUCAGAAGAAGAGGGCAUUCCAUGGGACCGAGGCUACGAGACGGACUGUGAUAUUGCAUCCGAAACUGAAAGUUUGUUACCAUAUAAAAAGAAAAGCAAGCACCGGGACUACAAAGCUGGGGGGUCGACUGCCCCGGUUUCUAUUCGAACCCAGGAUAUAACCAAGCAUUUGAACCGGGAGAGAAACUUGCCUGGUAACUAUUAG